AUGACCAUGUCCAUGAAGAUGGAGGAGGACCGAAGUCACAUGACCGAGAGGAUACUGAACCUCACCCUGGAGAUCAUCUACCUGCUGACCAGAGAGAGUUUUCCUCUUCUGAAGUCCGGUGACCGUGUGACCAUCAGGGUGCCCCCACGUGGUUCCCUAAAACCCGAGAGACAGAACAUGGAGAAGGUUCUAGAAGUCACCAAGAAGAUGAUGGAGCUGCUGACGGGAGAGAGUGGAAACCUCGGAGAUUAUAAUAUUGUUGUUAAAGAAGAGGAUGAGGAGUACGGUGUGAUGGAGGAGUUUUCUGAAAGACACAAGGUACUCUUCAAAGACAUUAUGAUCCCUCACCAGGUUGAGGGUGAAGUAGAAGAGACGUAUGUGAGGGAUGAUCAGCGAUAUACGGAGGAGGCCGGGAUGAUGAGGACGUCCAUAGAGGAGGACACGCCUACAGAGACCAGCACAGGACACGCCAUGGAGGAACCCUCAAAGGAUCGUCUGACUUUAUCUCCAGGUUGUAAGAUGGAAGAUGAGGACAUCACAGCAGAUUGUGCGGGAGAAGAGACAAUGAGCUCAGCUAUGGAUGGUGGACGUCACGGUGCGGAUAGACCAUGGACUCCCUCUGACUCUGAGCGACCUCGUCCUGUGGGGGAUGGUGCCGGAAUUCAGGGGAAAAAUAACUUUUUGUGUCCUGAUUGUGGGGAAAGUUUUAAAUCUGAAUUAGGUCUUACUGAACAUCAGAGGUCUCACACGGUUGAGGAGCUUCAUUCCUGUUCAGAGUGCGGGGAAACAUUUCUACAUAAAUAUCACCUUACUGUACAUCAGAGAUCUCAUGCGGGUGAGGCGCUUCAUUCCUGUCCUCAGUGUGGGAAAAGUUUUCUUUACAAAUCGAAACUAGUUAUACAUGAGAGAUCUCACACAGGUGAGAAGCCAUUUUCCUGUCUUGUGUGUGGGAAAAGUUUUGUAUGUAAAUCCAAUUUCACUUUGCAUCAGCGGUCUCAUACAGGGGAGAAGCUAUAUUCCUGCUCUGAGUGCGGGAAAACCUUCGUCAAAAAAUCAGAUCUUACGAAACAUCAGCUCUCUCACACAGGGGAAAGGCUAUAUUCCUGCUCUGUGUGCGGGAAAUGUUUUUUACGUAAAUCUCACCUCACUGAGCAUCAGAAGUCUCAUACAGGGGAGAAGCCGUUUUCCUGCUCCGUGUGCGGUAAAUGUUUUGUACGCAAGUCUCAUCUCUCUGUGCAUGAGAGGUCUCAUACAGGUGAGAAGCCAUAUUCCUGCUUUGAGUGUGGAAAAUGUUUCAUAUGUAAGACUCAUCUCAACGUGCACCAGAAGUCUCACUCCGGGGAGAAGCCUUAUUCCUGCUCCGAUUGCGGGAAAUGUUUUAGUAGUAAGUCUUACAUUGCUGUGCAUCAGAGGUCUCACACCGGUGAGAAGCCGUAUUCCUGCUCUGAGUGCGGGAAAUCUUUUAUACAGAAACCCCAACUUACCAGACAUAAACGAUCUCACACGGUUGAGAAGCCUCAUCCCUGCCCCGACUGCGGGAAAUGUUUUUCAACCAGAUCGCUAGUUGUCCGACAUCAAAGGUCUCACACGGGGGAGAAGCCGUAUUCCUGCUCUCAGUGCGGGAAAUCCUAUUCGCAGACAUCUCAACUUGUCAGGCAUCAAAGAUCUCACACGGGGGAGAAGCCAUAUUCUUGCCCCGAGUGCGGGAAAUGUUACCCUGUGAAAUACGAACUAGUCGCACAUCUAAGAUCUCACACAGGGGAGAGGCCGUAUGUCUGCCCUGAGUGCGGGAAAUGUUAUCCACGAAAAGCGCAGCUAGUCAGACAUCAAAUAUCUCACUCGGGGGAGAUGCCGCAUACCUGCCCUGACUGCGGGAAGUGUUUCCUAAGUGAGUCCCAUCUUUACAGACAUCAGAAAACUCACACGGGUGAGAAGCCUCAUUCCUGCUCUGAUUGCGGGAAAAGCUUUUUAGAGAAGUCCCAUCUUUAUAGGCAUCAGAGAACUCACACGGGCGAGAAGCCGUUUGCCUGCCCCGAGUGCGGGAAAUGUUACGCUCGAAAGUCCCAACUAGUAAAACAUCACAUGUCUCACACCGGAGAGAAGCCGUAUUCCUGCUCCGAGUGCGGGAAAUGUUUUUUAAGCGAGUCCAACCUCAACGCUCAUCAGCAAACCCACACGGGGGAGAAGCUGUUUUCCUGCUCCGACUGCGGGAAAAGCUUUACAGAGAAGUCCCACCUUUACCGACAUCAGAUAACCCACACGGGGGAACAGCUGUAUACCUGUGCCGAGUGCGGAAAAACCUUUUCGCAGAAGAACCAGCUUUACAGACAUCAGAUAACCCACACCCGCAAGAGGCCGUUUUCCUGCUCCGAGUGCGGGAAAUGUUUUUCGCAGAAGGCCUCUCUUAUCAAACAUCAGGCAACCCACACGACCCAAGGCGCAUCGGUGUCACAAGUGCGGGAAAUGUCUUCUGUAUGAAUCAUCAGA